AUGACUUCAGUACGGAGAUGGAUUAUAGAAGCACUCAAUGCGCAAUCUGUUAGCAACAGUACUAUUGGCCGUGAUCUUCCAGAGCAGGACUCGACAUCGAACCUAGCGGUGCCUCACGCUCAAUACCAAAGCAGAUGCCUGGCAUACCAUGCAUCUUCCGACUGUUCUUGGGAGGGCAUGAAUGCAACCAACACCAAUCCAUACAAAACUCGACCUGAUACAGGAGUUACGCGGACCUAUGAUUUUACGAUUACAAAGGGGACAGCUGCUCCGGAUGGUGUAGAGGCGGAAUUGCUCUUAGUGAACUCUCAGUUUCCGGGGCCUUUGAUAGAAUGUGACUGGGGAGAUUGGGUUGAAAUUACAGUCCAUAACAAUAUCUCAGAUGAGGGCACCGCCAUACAUUGGCAUGGUAUGUUGCAGCAAGAGACGCCAUGGAUGGACGGGGUGCCAGGAAUUUCUCAAUGCCCGAUCGCACCCGGGUCAUCGUACACCUACUCAUUCAAGCCAGAUCUUUAUGGUACUUGUUGGUACCAUUCACACUAUGAAGCGCAAGCUGUGAGUGGGUUCGCCGGGCCAAUGGUAAUCCACGGCCCAACACACGUCGACUACGACAUUGACAUAGGACCAAUCGCCAUCUCAGACCAUUUCCAUCAAUAUUACGAUGUUAUCACUGGAGGAUUCCUUGAAAAUAACGUUGAGGUCACUCUAUCUGAUAACAAUUUGAUAAACGGAAAAAACUCUUACAACAAUAACGGUGCGCCGCUUGCUUCGUUCAACUUCACCUCUGGCAAAACGCACCGUCUGCGCUUGAUAAAUACGUCAGCAUUCGCUGUGCAAAAGGUAUCAAUCGAUGGAUAUAACAUGACCAUCAUCACCAACGACCUGGUUCCAAUUGAACCAUACGACACUGAUGUGGUGACCCUCGCGCCAGGCCAACGUUCAGACGUCCUAGUACGCGCGACAGGUAGGCCGACGGACUCGAUAUGGCUCAGAGCAUACAAGCCUCCAAACUGUUCGCCGGGCAAGCAAGGAUCAUAUUUAGCGAAUGCAGUAAUAUUCUAUGAGAACGCGGAUCGGACUCGGAAACCAAGAAGCCAACCUGGACUGAAUGCAUACAACAACUAUUGUGGAAACGACCCCUUGUCGCGAACUGUGCCUGUAUACCCAAUAGCGCCGGACGAACCAAGCGUUACGGAGAUACUUCCCAUAGAGCUACGGCCAAAUGGAUCAUCUAAUCUCUGGUUCAUGGCGAACCGCACAUUCCGAGUUGACUACAAUGAUCCACAGCUUCUUGGUGCUAGGGACGGCAAGUUCGAGUUCCCCCAUAUACAGAACGUUCACAACUAUGGAAGUAACUCAUCGCUCCGCUUUAUCAUCGAGAACACGGGGUUCCAACCUCAUCCUGUCCACAUUCACGGUCACAACUUCUUUGUGCUACAAGAAGGGCGCUGCGGUGACAAUGAGACUGUGUUUCCGCAUGGCCAACCGGAAUUCGCUCAUGUCUUUUCUCCGGGCGAAGCCUCCGAUCAUUUCGGUGGCGGCACGAGGUCGAGUUCGCUACCGCAGCGCGGAAUCAACGUCUCCCAAGCGGAAGAGUACGUAGAGAAAUGGAAGCCGGAUAAGUCGAAAGCGACUUUCAUCGGCAACUACGGCUCGUGUUGGAAUGGUUCCAUCGUGAACCCAAGGAACCCACAGCGCCGUGACGUUCAAAUGCUGUUGCCUGGUCAUUACAUCGUGAUCCAAUGGACACAGGACAAUCCGGGCAUCUGGCCACUUCACUGUCAUAUUGCUUGGCACCUAUCUGGUGGGAUGGGUUGGAUGAUACUAGAAAGACCGGACGACUUCUAUGAUGACGCAAACAUUAGCCAUGCUAUGUCACGGACUUGUGUGGAUUGGGAGGUUUGGACGAACAAAAAUGUCGUUAAUCAGAUUGAUGGUGGCUUAUGAAACUUGAUACUACAUUGAUGUUGUAUUUAAUUACUAAUUCA